CGAGAUUGUUGUUGGUGUUUGAUUAUCUGGAUUCUAUCUUCAGUAGAAAAUUGUGUUUUUCGAACAACAAUUUCUUGCAAUUAAAUUUAAUCUAAAGUUUAAGUUUCAUGUAAAAAUAGCAAAAUAGCCAAAUAGCCAAAUAACUCGAAAAUAAUAAUAAUAAUAAUACGUCAAGUUAAUACGUGAGUGAAUAACUUAAGUGAAUAAGAAAGCAUAGGAAAAGUACAUGACUCUCGACGCUAUCGAUUCCAAGUGUUAAGUCAAUUAAAAAUGUUUUUUCCUCUGCGCUAGCAACUGUCGAUAAGCUGCCUUAAUGCAGAUUAACACUCAGUGAAUUUCGUAUUACUUAUGCGGCUAAGAAAAGCGUUCAUUGCAUUUCAGUCUCAGCUUUCGCAGUGUACGCACACUACCAGACCAAAGAAAUUUCAUUCCAAAAAGUUUGUGUAGGCAUUUCUUUUGUUCGACACAAAGUAGCAGUGUCCACAGAGUAUUAGGGUCAGGUGCGGUACGCUUUUUGCAGUGCAGUGACAAUUUCUUCAGUUAUUCAAUCGGAACGGAACGCUUACAAUGGUUGCUCCAACGAAAAGUGACAAUUCCAUUGAGGAAGUAAAUAAUAUUUACGAUGAUAAGAGUAUAUAUCCGGAUUUUAAAAGUGGUCCACUUGAGGAAUAUAGAAAAAAAUCAUCGUUUUGUUAUAAGCGCAUGAAUGUCCUUCUCGAAGGUGAAGAUCACAUUAGACUUAAGCAUCGCAUAUGGAAUUUUAUGGAGAAACAUCCCGAUUUCCAACAUUCCACCGAAACACUAGAUUUGGAGCAAACUCGUCAGUUAGCAAACAAAAGAAUGUUUGUACUAUGGAAACAGGAAUUCUAUACUGUCAAUGAGUAUAUGAGUACACCACGUCUUUCAUUGGCCAUGGCUCAGGGCAUGUUCACUUAUGAAUUCAGUUUCGCUGUAAAAUUUUCACUUUCUAAUGGCAUGUUUACCAGUACUCUGUUAACGUUAGGCACAGAACGUCUAGCAAAAUAUGCGGAAAAAAUAAUCAACGGUGAUAUAAUUGGCGCAUUUGCACUAACAGAAAUAAGCCAUGGCACAAACGCACGUGGUAUGCGUACUCGUGCCACCUAUGAUCCAAAAACAAAAGAAUUUAUUUUGCAUACACCUGACUUUGAAGCGGCAAAAUGUUGGGUCGGCAAUUUAGGCAAAACUUGUACACAUGCCAUUGUCUACGCACAACUCUAUGUACCAGAUGAGACAUAUCAGGGUUUAAACGCUUUUCUGGUACCAAUACGUGAUGAACGUACACUCUUGUCAUACCCGGGUGUUACUGUGGGUGAUUUGGGCGAAAAAAUUGGGCUCAAUGGUAUUGACAAUGGAUUUGUUAUGUUUAAUCAAUAUCGCAUACCAAAGGAGAACUUACUGUCAAAGACUGGUGAUAUUGAUGAAGCAGGACGUUACAGUAGCCCCAUUAAAGAUAAUCGUAAACGUUUAGGAGCUUCUCUUGGUGCUUUGUCAGCUGGACGUGUUAAUAUCUGUUCAUUAGCUUUUGUAGCCUUAAGUAAAGCAAUUACAAUAGCAACAAGAUAUUCAGCAUGUCGCAAGCAAUUUGGACCUGACGAAUCAAAUGAAGAAUGGCCAGUUAUUGAGUAUCAAUCACAGCAAUAUCGUUUAUUCCCACAUUUGGCAACAGCAUAUGCCUUGCGUGUAUUCACCAUGUGGAUUGGCGUAGAAAAUGUUGAUAUGACAAUGAAGAACUUAAUGGGUGAAGAUGUCUCUACUUGGGGUAUGGAAAUACAUGCCGUUUCUUCUGCUGCUAAGCCCGUCUGUACAUGGGCAGCACGUGAUGGCAUACAGGAAUGCCGUGAAGCCUGUGGUGGUCAUGGUUAUCUUAAGUCCGCUGGGUUGGGUGAUUUGCGCAACGAUAAUGAUGCUAAUUGCACUUAUGAAGGUGAAAAUAAUACACUUAUACAGCAAGCAUCAAACUGGCUAAUUGGUUUACGACGCAAUGGUGCUAAUUUUGUUGAAGCUUCACCUAUGGGCACAGUAGCUUUUCUUAAAGAUAUGGAUAAAAUUUUACAGUGCAAGGCUGAGGAAAGAAGUAUACAGGAUGCUAUGCAGCCUGAUAAUAUACUAAAAGCUCUGAACUGGUUAACCGCUUGGCAAUUGGACGUUACAGUCAAACGUUUUGAGAGUCUCAAACGUGAAGGUCUAGAUGCCUUUGAGACACGUAAUAAUGUGCAGGUCUUCAAUGCACAAUUACUCUCCAUUAUAUACGGACAACGCACAAUUUACUUCAUUAUGUAUAAUUUUGUCAAUAAUUUGUCAGAUUGUGAUGAAAAAUUAGUUUUGGGAAAAUUGUUGUCCUUCUAUGGCGCCAACUUGGUAUUGAAGCAUGCUUCAAUUUUCUAUCAAGGUGGCUAUUUCCGUAACAACAACCAAACAGAACUAUAUCAGCAAGGUAUUUUGAAUAUGCUUCCCACGUUGAAGAAUGAAUCCAUAUCUUUAAUUGAUGCUAUUGCCCCAUCUGAUUUUAUACUGAACUCACCGCUUGGCAUGAGUGAUGGAAAUAUCUAUCAACAUUUGCAGCGCGCUAUCGUAUCUACUCCUGGUGUUUUCGAACGGCCGGAUUGGUGGCGUGAAGUUACCUAUAAAGACUAUUUGGAAAGAGCUAAAUUGUAAAUUAUUUUUUUUUUGUAUAUAAAAAUUAUAAAAAAAAAUAUAAAAAAUUAUAUUAAAUUUGUGA